UUCCGGACCUUGCAUUGGAGAGCACAGUGUUAGCUAUAGCUAGCUAGCGCGUCGCCGUCGUGCUCGUGCUUCGAUCGAAUGGAUCGCCGUGGCGCCGGGCCUUCCCUCCUCGCCAAACUCGGCGUGGGCGCCCUCACCUGCAACUCCGCCAUGGCGGCCUACCGGUCGCGGCGGGACCCGGCCUCGCUCGCGUUCGUGGCCGCCGCCUACGCGGCGCUGGUGCUGCUCCUGCGCUCCCUGCGCGUGCUCGAGCGCGCGCCGCCGGCCGGCCGGGGCCGGGGCAGGGCCAAGGCGGCGGUGUGGGCGCUCUCGACGCUGCUCACCGCGAUGUUCGCGUCGCGCGUGGCCCCGCUGGUGCCGCCGGCGGUCGGGGUCGCCGUCUGGGUCAUGGCGGUCGCGACGGCCGGCGCCGGGUUCUGGGCCUUCUUUGUUGCCUAGUACUAGUAAGCAUAGCAAAGACUGGCUGGCUUCGGUGUCGUCGUGGCAGGGAUCGAGCUGACUUGUACCAGAUUUUGUUGGCCAUAUAUGUAGUGCCGGAUGUGUAGUCGAUCAUUUUUUUUUAUUGUUACUACUUCUUAUAAUUAUGUCUUUCA